CUUCUCUUCAAUCCAUGCCAUCUCAACAAUUACAAUUACUAGUACUGCAAAGAAAUCGCUUCUGUCCGCGUUUGCGGACAGCCAACUUCACACCCUCCAGUACCCGCCGACACAGCCUUGAGUUGACUUCUAGCACCAGAUCUGCCCUACACGUACGUGAAGAAGCAUAACAAUCUACUAGAUUCGACAUACUCGACUGCGCAAGGAGACAAUGGCUGAAGAGAUGCCCGAAAUUGCCGGCCGGGCACGACAGUGUCCCUAUUGUUCAAGGGAGUUCGUGAAGGCAGACCAUUACCAUCGCCAUAUCCGCUCCCAUACCAAGGAGAAGCCAUUUCGUUGUAACAUCUGCCGCAAAGCUUACCCUCGCCAUGAUACGCUUUUGCGCCACACCAGAACUCACCAGAAGGCCUCACAAAGGAAGGCCAGGACCAAAGAAGACGUCUCAUCCAGCGAUGGUCUUCAAGUCGCCUCUGCUAAUUCCCCAGCUGAGUCCUGCCCGCCCGCUCCGUAUACGUUCCUCCCAUCGUACGCGGCGGUGCCGCCCGGGAUGGAGAAACCUAGUAGCCCAACCUCCGGCUCUCUAAAGCAGACUACACAGACGAAUUCGUACGAUAAAUCCGAGAUCAAUGUCGUCCCAUUUUCAGUCGCGCUACAACGGGCAUUAUUCCCGGACCAGCCCAUGUCAACCACCAUGGGAUUCCAAGGUACUACUAGUAACAAUUACGGCUCCGACACCUUCCGGGACGUCGCGGGACAGGGCAUACCAUCAGUCUCCGCCACUGGCACAACCGAGGGUACAUUCACCUCAUACACUGGAGACGUCUACUCCCCUCUACAUACCGAAGCAUUUGCGAGUCAAUCUGAGGGACUCAAUCCUGUGAAUUGGCUACUAGGGGACGACUUUGAUCUGACGGCGUUUGACUUUGUCGAGAAUGGGCUUACGCUGGAGGACAACCGCACUUUUACUCAUCAAACUGAGGAACUCGGUCAGGAUAACCGGCCAACGUCUAACGCACACACUCUACCACGGCUUCUCGACCUCAGACCCAUCUGGUACACGCAGAUCCGGAGUAUAGACACUGAAUACGGAGCAAGUUCAGGUUCUGUCACACCGAACAAUGCAGGUAAUCCUGUUGGCGACAGCAUCGAUGAAGUCUAUCGUAUGAACAUGGCCAAGAGACUCCGCCUUCCCUUACGUGAUGAGCCUUUGCCUUCAAUUGAUUUCCUGAAUCUAUGCAUUCAUUUGUUCUUUACGAGAUUCAACGUCACGCUCCCAAUCAUCCACAGCCCGACAUUUCGUCCGACCAAGGACAACGCCCUACUUGUUCUUUCCAUUUGCAGCGCUGGUAGUCUAUCGCUCGGUUCAGAUAUGGCUGAUAAGGCUGGAUCUAUGCUUUUCGAAAGAGUCAACAAGGCUGUGCUGGCUGCUCCUUGGGAACGAAAUCACUCGCACAGACCCGAACAAGUUAGAAACAUGAUCAAGACCGCCAUGAUCGGACAGACGUUUGCGCUCCUUUCGGGCAAUCCUUUUCAUCUGAUGACUGCCGCAGCUUACCUGGGCUCCUUGAUAACUUUAGCCCGGCACAGCAGAUUGUUUCAUGACGCCCCAGCAAUCAGCAUCGAUGAAGACCUGUCUCCCGAAGCGCUCGAUGCGACUUGGCGAAGAUGGGCCCGGGAUGAAGAAUUGAAACGGAUAGCACUAGUCCUUUUCAUUCAUGAUGCCGAAAUUUCGGCCUUGUUCCACCACGAUCCCAUACUGCGUCACAACGCCACCUUCAUUCCCACAGCCUCCUCUGCUGAGCUUUUCUCCGCUCCGACAGCUGUGGCGUGGGCUUCAAAGUACAAAGGCAAGCAAGCGGAGAGGCCCCGACAGACUGGUCAAGCUGUCCAGCCGCCUGAUAACCCUUGCAGCAGGAAGUCCUCGCAACCAUAUAGCUCAAACAUCUCCUGGUCAUCCUCCUCUGCAAUCCCCACGGGCCAAGAUCAUAUGCUCAACGUAUACACCAGACUGUCUGGGGUUGCCGCAUCCAUCUUCGAAUGCCGUCACUUAGGGAGUCUGUCAUCCGAACAGGCGAAACGAUUUGAGUCUGAUCUCAUUACAUGGUAUACUUCCGUUCCAGCACCUUUCCGAGAGCUAGGAAAUACAUCGAUGCAACCCGAGACUCCGUUCAGCAUGUUACCCCUGUGGCACUAUACGUUCAUGACACUCACCACAGCCUUGGAAACUCUAGAGCUUGCUAUUGGACGGGACGGUGCAGCUAUGGCGCCAUCCACAGGAGAAUACGCGCUGUCAUGGAUCUCAUCGCCAGACUCCAAGAGAUGUCUGUUGCAUGCCUUGCUGUUGCAGAAUCUGGUGGCUUCGGUAAACAUGGGAUCCUUCUUCCCCAUCCACACAGCACGGAUACUAUUCUCUGCAGCGGUCUGCUGGUAUUGCUAUAUGUUGUAUCUACCCUAUACUUCGGCAUCGGACCAUGCAUGGGUACUAUCUGGAUUGUCGGAGCUGUCUCUCGAAACGCUCCCCGAGAUCAAGCUGCUGCGGGAAGGGGCUUUUAUUUCAACAGUGGGGAGUUGCAAUGAUACCAUAUCCGACUUCAAACGGAUCCUGAUCGCCAACCCGGCGGAAAUGAAGGCGAGCACUCUAUGCGUGCUUGAGGGAAUAUUGCGACGGCUGGGUACGGGGGGCAUCUCGAAAGUCUUUGCGGACAUCGUUCAAGUGUUCAUAUCCGGGGAGAUGGAUAAAGUGACUGUGGACGCAGGAGCCACCAGAGACAACGUGUGAACUGCAUAGGUGAUCGGAAGACUAUGCCAUAGUACGGGUUCCCAAUUUAGCGCUGAAGGGCCCUAGUCGCUUCGAAUGUGAGUGUUGGUCUUGAAACUAGGAGGGCGAGGCUGAAGAUGCUGUCACCGAGAAAGGAGCUGGCCGUGACCAAAUCUCUGGAUAAUUACCAGUUUCAAGGGAAGAAAGCUUUUGAAAGGAUUUCUUGGUGGAACAUGGGGACAAGACGUGAGACUUGGUCUUCGACAAGAUCCGUUCGGUCGAUAGGAAUUGCUUGGAACUUGUGCUCGAAAA